AGAAGGUCAAACCCUUUCUGCUGUAGCAAGGCUCCUUGACAAGCUGGGCACUAUGCAAUAUAUCCUACUCUGUGCAGCCAUUCUCCUACCAGAGAGUCUUGCUUUUCCAGCACAACUUCAACCAGAAUCACAGAGCAACACAGACCUUGAUAAUGUAAAGGCAUAUCUUGAUAAAUUCUUUCCAGUUCUCACAAAAACACAAAAUCAAAGUUUAGAAGACAGGAUUAAAGAAAUGCAGAGGUUUUUCCACCUGACUGUAACUGGAAAAUUAAAUGCAGAAACAGAAGAAACAAUUAAAAAGCCCAGAUGUGGAAUCCCCGAUAUAGCGGGUUACAGAACAUUUCCUGGAAGUCCAAGAUGGAACAAGAGACAUUUGACUUACAAGAUUGUCAAUUAUACACCUGAUCUACCCCAAAAGAAAGUGGAUGAUGCAAUCAGAAGGGCUCUCAUGGUAUGGAGUGAUGUGACUCCCCUGCAGUUCCAAAGAGUAUACAACAGACAAGCAGACAUUGUGAUUGCAUUUGCACGUGGAGAGCACGGUGAUGGAUAUCCUUUUGAUGGAAGAGGUAGCACACUAGCUCAUGCAUUUGCACCUGGAGAGGGGAUUGGUGGAGAUGCUCAUUUUGAUGAGGCUGAAACAUGGUCAGAGACCAAUCGAGAAAUUAAUUUGUUCCUUGUUGCUGCUCAUGAAUUUGGCCAUUCUUUGGGACUUGCUCAUUCAAAUGUCCCUGAAGCUCUGAUGUACCCUAUCUACUCAUAUGUGAAUCCAGCAACCUUCAGGCUUUCAGAGGAUGAUAGGCGAGGAAUUCAGAAGUUAUACGGGAAAAAGUCAUCAAACUCUUGAAGAAAAUGCUUCAAAAAGACCAAAGAAUUCACAUCUGGCUGCUUUAGUCUUCAAAUUCAAUUUUAAUUCUGGUUGGUGUUCUAAAACUACUUUAAUCCUCUACCUAAUUAAAGUAGUAAAUUCCUGGACUGCACUUUUUCUCCCUGAAUUUUUAUAUUGAUUUAUAUUGCACUUUAUACAAUUAAAAAAGCCCUGAACUUGUA